GCGUUUUUAUCAUCAGUUUCUGGAGUUAUCUAGGACGAUAAAAACCGUUUAUAACUGAGGGAUUCACUUUUUCUAAAGAAGGAACAAGUAUGAUGGCUUAAGCAAAAAAAAAACAAUAUCAAGUUGCUCAUACAAAAUCUUCCACAUCAUAAAAAAGGCCACUUUUAAGUGUUUGUAUGGUUAUUUAGCCAGCAACCAAACUUCAGUUAGAAGAAAACGGGCAAUUCAGUCUUUUCUAAUGGCGCUAGCAGGAAGAAGAAAAGCUCCACCAUUGGUGAUUAAGCCGACCGAUCACGGUUCUUCUCGUAUCACACCACCUAGGAACUUAGAUAAGAGAACAACAAUCACUAUUGAUGAUAAAGUGUUUGAAGUGGAAGCAGAUGACUUGGAAACUUUGUGCACGUUGGGAAGAGGUGCAUAUGGUGUCGUCGAGAAAAUGCGUCAUAGGCCUAGUGGAACCAUUAUGGCUGUAAAGAGAAUUACGGCUACUUUCAAUAGUCUUGAAGAAAAGAGGUUACUGAUGGACUUGGACAUCUCCAUGAGAAGCAGUGACUGUCAGUUCACUGUACAGUUUUACGGAGCCCUAUUCCGAGAGGGUGAUGUUUGGAUUUGUAUGGAAGUGAUGGAUACCUCCUUGGACAAGUUCUAUCCAAAGGUUUACAAGGCAAAUAAAACCAUCCCAGAAAACAUUCUUGGACAAAUAGCUUUUGCCGUUGUAAAUGCUCUACAUUAUCUACAAACAAAGUUGAAAGUGAUACAUCGUGAUGUAAAGCCUUCCAACAUAUUGGUGAACAGAAAAGGACAAGUUAAGAUGUGCGAUUUUGGAAUAUCGGGACAGCUGGUUGACUCGGUGGCUAAAACUAUUGAGGCUGGCUGUAAGCCUUACAUGGCUCCGGAAAGAAUAAACCCAGAGAGUAAAGACUGCGGAUAUGAUAUUCGUUCGGACAUUUGGAGUUUUGGAAUAACAAUGAUCGAGUUGGCCACAGGAAACUUCCCUUAUCCCACCUGGGGCACACCAUUUGAGCAGUUAAAACAGGUGGUGAAAGAUGACCCACCUCGGCUUCCUCCCGAUCAGUUCACCCAAGAAUUUGAAGACUUCAUUAUUCAGUGUCUUCAGAAGGACUACAAGAAAAGGCCUAACUAUAACAAACUUUUGAAACAUCCGUUCGUGGUAACACAUUCUCACCUAGAUGCUUCUAUAGCCGAAUACGUGACUGAAAUCCUCGACUCUCACCCGGAUCCUCCAACGGAAGAUAAGUGAUCAACGGAAUGGUACCAAGUUCUGUUUAGUCAUCUAACAAGCCCAGCAACUAAAAGCAUGUCCACCUAGACCCAAGUAUCACUUGUUUCAACUAUAAUACCAAAUAAUUUGGAUGCAGCUGUAAAGAGUUCAAUUUCUUAUAAUGCAUGAAACAUUUUUUUUUUUCUGUUUCCCGGUAAACAUGUUAAAAUAAUUCUUACAGAGAGUAAAGCAGUUUCAUGUAAGUAUUGUUGCACGGCCAAACGGUUAUUUUAUGUUAUUAAAUACAAUUAUGGAAAUCUGUACUGUUUGUAACUGAUAGUACAAGAAUAUCGUAUUUAGAUGCUUAAUCUUUUCCCUGGUGGUGUUAUUUUAAAGUUUAAUUUUUUAGUCUUAACUAGUUUUAUCUGUAUAUUUGGUAUCCAUUUUUUUUUCCAAAUGCUGCCUGCAAAGUUUGGUUUAUUUUUGUUGUUAAAAUUAUUUUUCUUUUUAAACAAAUAUAACUAGUUAAAAGUUUUAUUACUGGAGUUAUUGAAUUUUUCUUCACUGUUUUCACAGGUGAACAUGAUUGAUCUUGCCUGAAAAUUACCUAUCAAAAUUACAUCUUAAAGUUUAAAAUAUAUUUUUUGUGAAGUUUCUGAAAUUCUUCAAAUUCCAGGUUACCCACAUUUUUUUUUUUUUGGUUCAGAAAUAUACAAGGUUUCAUGAAAAAUACUUUUGUUGUAUGAAGUAAGAUUAAUUUUUGAACUCGCACGUGAGCAGUAAACGGAUACCGUAAUCUUAAGUUGACAUUAGUCGAGCUAAGUACUUAAUGUACAACUGACUGGGUGUUAUUCCCCCCCCCCCCUCCAAACAUUCCUUACAAGUAUGAAGUAACUAACAUUAUUACUUAUCUAUAAUUGAUUUACAGUUCUAGGUAUUUUUAGUUCCAAAUAGUUUAUUGUGUUUGUCUCUUUAUUUCAGAAUGUUCCAUUCUCAUUGUAAUUCUUGCAUGUAAAAGUAGUCUGUAACACUAGGCUAAAAUAAAUUUAGUAAAUUACUUUUCAGAACUUUCAUCAGUUUCACUAGCAUUAUUUAACUGCUCUUCUAUCGUCAGCCACCAACUACAAAUGUGUACUAAUAUCCUAGCUAGUGUCGUCAGCCACCAACUACAAAUGUGUACUAAUAUCCUAGCUAGUGUCGUCAGCCACCAACUUCAAAUAUGUGUACUAGUAUCCUAGCUAGUGUUGUCAGCCACCAACUACAAAUGUGUACUAAUAUCCUAGCUAGUGUCGUCAGCCACCAACUACAAAUGUGUACUAAUAUCCUAGCUUGUGUAGUCAGCCACCAACUUCAAAUGUGUGUACUAGUAUCCUAGCUAGUGUUGUCAGCCACCAACUUCAAACGUGUGUUCUUGGAGAUCAAGAUUUUGCUGGUACAUCAACAAAGUUUUUAUUUCUUGGACUUGAAUGGCUAAAAUAUGAGUGUAAAAUGAUAGCAAGUUUCUGAAUAGUUGUGUUUUUACAAGUAUUACAUUUUAACCAUCACUGCUGGAUGAAAUCGUAAACUGAAGAUUAUUUAAUUUAUCCUUUGAUAACUGUGGACGUCGAAGCUCUUGUCAAAUGUCAUUCUUUUCAUUGGUAAGUAACACCUUUAGUGACGUCCAUCUUGCUUCUUUACAUAAAAUAGGUUCUUUGGACCACUUACGCCCUCUUAGUUUUCCAGUAAAAAAUGUUUUUUAACAACACACAAGAUACUUUUUCACAUUAUACACUAAACUUUCUUUAAAAGACUGUGUAGUUUCACUGAUACAAUGUUUUCACCACUUUUCUUUUUGUUGUUACACAUAGUUCACGUCAUACAUUAUUAUAAAUUGUUUUUCUUCCAGAUAUAUUUCGGCUUUACUAAAGCUCCAGAUAGUCUGACAAAAACAUUAGUAUCUUAUAAUAAUAAAUUUGUGCAGUGUGUUUUCCCAUUUAUCGAGCCUGUUAUUACAAUAACCUUUAUAAAUCACUUCCAACAUUGACUUCGUUAACUGGCUCUUUACACAGCUUUGCAUUUAAUAUGUGAAAAAACUAAGUGAAUACUAGCUUGAUGUUGCAUUAUUUUAUAGAAAUCUGACUUUAUGAAAAACAGUUAGUUUCCUGUUAGUCCCAGAACAUAACUUAUUUUUUUGUUCCAGUCUAAGAAUAAUAACCUCAGGAGGAAAUUUUCAAAAUACUUGUGUAGCAGACUUAACUGCCGUGUAGAGUAACAAGAAUAGGAAAUCCCUUUAUCUUGCCAAUGUUCAUCUAAAUCAUAGACUUGUCAACAAUCUUGAUGUGUUACAUUUACUUGCUACUGGUUUUAGUCAAUAUAGUUUAUACUUUUCACUUUGCAUAAGAUUUUAAAAACAUAGAAAAAUUCAGAGUAAAGUUGUGAAAAUUAGAAUCUGUGGGCAACCUGGAAUUUUGUGAGCAUCUGGUUUUCCAUAAUUUGUAAAUCUCUGAAUUUGUAGAUGUUUUAGAGAAUUUCAGGAUUUGAGUUGAUAACAAAAAUUGGGGUAAUUAUCUGAUUUUAUAAAACUUCCUUUUAACAGUAACUGAAGAUUUAGUAAUUUGAUAGAACUGUAUAACAAUUACAUUUUAAAAAUUCUAAGAUAUACCUUCUAAGGAAAGAAGCGUGUGGCUUCGUCUAAUAAAAAUUGUGUUGUUGACUGCUUGCUGAAUUAACGUACUCUUCCGUAGCAUUCAGUUUCUCUUUCGUUGAUACUAGUUUUUUAAUAAUGUUGGUGUGCAUAAUACAAAGUGUUCAACUGUAGAAAGUACUACAUCAGUAUUUCAUAAUGUUUGUGCUGUGUUGAACAUUUUAACAUGAUGGCUUGGACAGAGACUUGAGUAACACUACAGUAGAGACAGUGAGGGGGUAAAAUACUUGGUUACUGUCAACAUUUUAACAUGAUGGCUUGGACAGAGACUUGAGUAACAUUACAGUAGACAGUGAGGGGGUAAAAUACUUGGUUACUGUCAACAUUUUAACAUGAUGGCUUGGACAGAGACUUGAGUAACGCUACAGUAGAGACAGUGAGGGGGUAAAAUACUUGGUUACUGUCAACAUUUUAACAUGAUGGCUUGGACAGAGACUUGAGUAACGCUACAGUAGAGACAGUGAGGGGGGUAAAAUACUUGGUUACUAGCAUUUUAUUUUGUUGACAAGCACAAAAACAUUUGAAUCGUAGUAUAAAAAUUUGUUGUGUUCUACUAAUAAAAGUUAGCAUCAAAUUGUGUUCUUGGCACAUCACUGAUAGGAAAAGUACGAAAAAGUAAUUUAUAAUAAAAAAAAAAAAAACUACGUUACAUAAUGGUAUCUUCACUACAUAAAGGAAUUUAAUGUUGGAAGUCUGCCGGAGAAACGGUACCAACUAUAUUUUAUGUUAACCAGCUUUCAGCAUACUGUUUAUCCGAGUUCAUAGUAAUUAUCAAACAUGGCUUGUUUAUCUACCACACUGUAAAUAGGAUAUGUUUCUGUUUGAUAUAAUGGACUGUCAAAGUCCAAUUCAAAGUAUAUAUAUAUGUGUAUUUGUGGAUGGCCACCAUUUUUAAUAACCAUCUGAGGCCUUUGUCCAUCUUUGUUAACAUCUCGAUAACCAGUUAAGACGGUAACAGUCGUAGUGAUGUCCCCCCCCCCCACAACAAUAUUAACAUUAUUGGAAAUACAGUAGUUCACAGUAGCUGUUUUGAUUUUAUUAAACGUUUCAGCCCUACCAAUGUUUAGAAAUUUUGACAUAGUUCUUAUCUGUAAAACAAAAGUAUGACAGUUUAUAACACAAGGCUAAACUACAACAUGAAAACUGUGUUGACAAUGACAACUGGUACUACUGUUCUACUCUGCUGUAUGUUUGUGAUUCACUAGCCGUUGUAUCUAGAGACAUAUAUUUCAACUCCUGCUUGAAUUGAGAUUCGUAUGGGGUAACUUAAGGUAGUAUUAACAUAUACCUCUUCUAUCAAUUUAAUGUAGACUGUUUAAUUGAUUUAUGGUUUAAUAAAUCAUUCUACUUGAGUGUGGGUUUAAAAGGACCGUAUUCAAUCCGAGGUUUAUUGUGAAGCUAAAUCCCUCUAAUGAUUAAAAACUAAAUUCUUGGCCGUAUAUAUAUAUUUUCAAGUGAACUUGUGAAGGAGGUUCCACUAUUUUUCUUUUAACUGCCAUAAUCGUGAUAAGUUGUAGUACAGGAUUUCUGUCGUAUUAUAGGGUGAUUCAAUCACGAUAUCUUGUUGAUUUGUAGAUUACUUGAAGUGCUUAGCUGUACUUCUUCUAGAGCACUAAUUUAGAGAUCUAAAUACGAAGUUCCCAAGUUUAUUGAAAUGAUUAUUUGUUGAUUAUGAUACUUCAAGUUGUUGUCAGUUUAAAGAAAAUAAAUUUUGUGGAAAAUG